UUAUUUCCAAAGUUAUCGUGGAUCUUGGCUUGCAUACUGGUGAUAUGGCAGCGUCAUAACUAAUCAAAAAUUGGAGACACACUUUUGACAAGUGAUGUCUUGUGAUCUCGGAAAGUUUAUCGUCAAGAGAACAAGGGAAGAAUACAGAACUGGAAAAACAAGAGGGUAUGAAUUUCGUAAAAGUCAACUUAAACAGCUUCUUCUCUUGAUUGAUAACCAUGAAGAUGAAAUCAUUGAAGCCCUGCAUAAAGACUUGCAUAAGCCCAGAAAUGAGGCAGUAAUUGCAGAGAUCAUGUUGGUCAAGAAUGAUGCUAUUGCAGCCCUCAACAAUCUUAAACAAUGGAUGAAACCAGAGCUUGUUGACACAAGUUUAAUCAACAAGAUGGACAAUUGCUUCAUCCUUAAUGAGCCCUUGGGUGUUGCCUUAAUUAUUAGUGCUUGGAAUUACCCAGUCCAGGUGUUACUGUUACCUCUUGUUGGAGCAAUUGCUGCAGGAAAUUGUGCUGUUUUGAAACCAUCAGAGAUAGCUUCUGCAACAGCUGAACUCAUAGAGAGGCUGAUCCCAAGAUACCUGGAUAAGGGUUGUUAUCCCGUGGUGAACGGAGGUGUUAAGGAGACCCAAGAACUACUCAAACAAAAAUUUGAUAAGAUAUUCUAUACAGGAGGGGGUGCUGUUGGAAAACUUGUCAUGGAGGCUGCAGCAAAGAACUUAACUAGAGUCACUUUGGAACUUGGAGGGAAAAGUCCAUGCUWYAUUGAUGAGGACAGUGAUUUAUCAACRGUUGCCAAUAGAUUAGCAUGGGGAAAGUUUUGCAAUGCUGGUCAGACAUGUGUUGCUCCUGAUUAUGUUCUGUGCAAUCCUGGAAUACAAAGUAAAUUGAUCAAAYAUCUCAAAGAAACUCUUUAUGAAUUUUAUGGAGAGGACCCAAAAGAGUCACAAGAUUAUGGAAGAAUUGUUAAUGAUAAGCAUUUUAAUCGAUUAAAAGGUCUUAUGUCUUGUGGAGAAUGUGUUAUUGGUGGUGAGAUAGAUGAAAAGGAAAGAUUUAUCAGUCCAACUGUCCUGACAGGAGUAAAGCCCACUGAUCCUAUCAUGGAAAAUGAGGUAUUUGGUCCUCUUCUACCCAUCGUAAGUGUUGCUGAUGUACAUGAAGCAGUUGAGUACAUUAAUGACAGAGACAAGCCUCUGGCUCUGUACGUAUUUUCCAGUGAUAAGAAAAAAAUAAACUACAUAAUGGAAAACACAUCUUCUGGUGGUUUCUGUGCUAAUGACACUAUCGUCCAUGCCGCUGUGGAUACUUUACCUUUUGGUGGAGUUGGUGGUAGUGGUAUGGGUGCUUACCAUGGCAGACAUUCAUUUGAUGCCUUUUCACAUAAGAAGGGUUGUAUGCUCAAGAAACUCAAUAUGGAGUCGAUAAAUGCGAUUCGCUAUCCUCCUUACAAGGACCAGAACCUAAGCUGGAUACGAUUCCUUGCUGGUAAAACAGAAGCUAAGGAUGGGCUAGCAUAUGUACCAUUGAUGGUGCUGGGCAUAAUGUGCGCCUUACUAUUAAAGGUUAGUAAUCGUUACUAAGGUAUUAAUUUAUGC